UCACGUUUUCCUUGAUGAAUAACCCCAAUCCUUUUGCUGAGUCCCCCGAAUCUCCGUUUGGGGGCUCCAAGCUCCUUGUUAGGGUUCGAUUCAUUGGCCUUGCUUUGUUCCAAGCUGUUCGUCGCGGCCAAGGAGACGAUCUUGAUUCCUUGAUUUAGCGGGGUAUUGAUCCCUGAUCAGGAUGUCUAUGCACGAGAGGAAGACGAUCGAUCUGGAGCAGGGAUGGGAGUUCAUGCAGAAGGGCAUCACCAAGCUGAAGAACAUAUUGGAAGGGCUCCCGGAGUCGCAGUUCAGCUCGGAGGACUACAUGAUGCUCUAUACGACUAUCUACAACAUGUGCACCCAGAAACCCCCGCAUGAUUACUCGCAGCAGCUGUAUGACAAAUACCGCGAGUCAUUUGAGGAAUACAUCACGUCGAUGGUACUUCCUUCUUUGAGAGUGAAGCAUGAUGAAUUUAUGUUGAGGGAGCUAGUUAAGAGAUGGCUAAAUCAUAAAGUUAUGGUCAGGUGGCUUUCACGUUUCUUUCAUUACCUUGAUCGCUACUUUAUCACACGGAGGUCACUUCCUCCACUAAAUGAAGUUGGGCUUACCUGCUUCCGUGACCUGGUCUAUCAGGAAGUCAAGGAUAAAGUCAAAGAUGCUGUCAUCUCCUUGAUUGAUCGAGAACGUGAGGGGGAACAAAUUGAUAGGGCUUUAUUAAAGAAUGUCUUGGACAUUUUCGUUGAAAUUGGAUUGGGUAAUAUGGAGUGUUACGAAAAUGACUUUGAAGCACAUUUGCUUAAAGACACUGCUGCCUAUUAUUCUAGGAAAGCUUCAAACUGGAUUCUAGAAGAUUCAUGCCCUGAUUACAUGUUAAAGGCAGAGGAGUGUUUAAAGCGUGAGAAGGACAGGGUUGCUCAUUACCUGCACUCUAGCAGUGAACAGAAGUUGUUAGAGAAAGUGCAACAUGAGCUACUAUAUGUCAAUGCUAGCCAACUUCUCGAAAAAGAACAUUCUGGAUGUCAUGGAUUACUUCGAGAUGAUAAGGUGGAUGAUCUCUCGCGGAUGUACAGACUCUUUUGUAGAAUACAACGUGGCUUAGAUCCUGUUUCUCAAAUAUUUAAGCAGCAUGUGACUAUUGAGGGCACUGCUCUAGUCAAACAGGCAGAAGACUCUGCAAGUAACAAAAAGGCUGAGAAAAGGGAUGUUGUUGGCCUACAAGAGCAGGUUUUUGUUAGAAAAGUUAUCGAACUACAUGACAAGUACUUGGCAUAUGUGAAUGAUUGCUUCCAGAAUCACUCCCUUUUUCACAAGGCACUCAAAGAGGCAUUUGAGGUUUUCUGCAACAAGGGUGUUGCAGGAAGCUCAAGUGCUGAGUUAUUGGCUACUUUUUGUGACAAUAUCCUUAAGAAAGGUGGAAGUGAAAAACUCAGUGAUGAAGCAAUCGAAGAGACACUUGAGAAGGUCGUAAAGUUGCUUGCUUAUAUUAGUGACAAAGAUCUGUUUGCCGAGUUCUAUAGGAAGAAGCUUGCUAGGAGGUUGCUCUUUGACAAAAGUGCCAAUGAUGACCAUGAGAGGAGCAUUUUGACAAAGCUGAAACAACAAUGCGGAGGGCAGUUUACUUCAAAGAUGGAGGGCAUGGUUACAGAUCUUACCCUUGCAAGGGAAAACCAAUCUGGUUUUGAGGAUUAUCUCAACAGUAAUGCUCAUGCAAAUCCAGGGAUUGAUCUUACUGUUACUGUUCUUACGACCGGAUUCUGGCCAAGUUACAAAUCAUUUGAUCUCAACCUUCCUGUCGAGAUGGUUAAAUGCGUGGAGGUCUUCAGAGAAUUUUAUCAAACAAAAACUAAACACAGAAAGCUUACUUGGAUAUAUUCGUUAGGGACCUGUAACAUCAAUGCAAAAUUUGAGCACAAAACCAUUGAGCUUAUUGUAACAACAUAUCAGGCUGCUGCUCUUCUUCUGUUUAAUGCCUCUGAUAGAUUGAGCUAUUCAGAGAUCAUGACUCAGCUUAACUUGACGGAUGACGAUGUAAUCAGAUUGCUCCACUCCCUUUCAUGUGCCAAGUACAAAAUUCUUAAUAAGGAGCCAAAUACCAAAACCAUUUCUUCAACUGAUGUAUUUGAGUUUAAUAACAAAUUCAAUGACAAAAUGAGAAGGAUCAAGAUACCUCUUCCUCCAGUGGAUGAGAAGAAGAAAGUAAUAGAAGAUGUUGACAAGGACAGAAGAUAUGCCAUUGAUGCCUCCAUUGUGCGCAUUAUGAAAAGCAGGAAAGUUCUAGGCCAUCAACAGUUGGUGAUGGAAUGCGUUGAGCAACUUGGUCGUAUGUUUAAGAUAAAGACGAACCGUCUUACUCCAAUCCAAAUUGUUCGAACCAUUGACAUCACGGGUACUACAUCCGUCACAAGAUAGGGUUUAUUCUCAGCCAUAAGCUUUUAUCCCCAAGUUUGUGAAAUAAAAGCCAAAGGAAGGAGCUAGGGCGGAAGGAAGACCAACUUCUCUAUUUUGUAUAAAAAGAAGACCAAGAUGUGGCUACUGCCAGCAAAGCAAAGCAAAGCAAAGCAAACAGAGAUAACAUAGAAAUAUCGAAGGAUGGAGCUAUAGCAGACGUUGCCUACACAGAGGUGCGGUAUUGAGAAGCACAAGGAUGUUAUGCUCGCUCUGUUCACGAACCCUAAUCCAUGGCGUUGACCGUUUGAUCUGUAUGCAGAUCGCAAUUUGAGGGAAGGAUGAAGAGGCUGACCUGCUAGAUCACAAGGGUGGAAGACGUGUCGCACUACUCUGCGCUUCGGAAGGUGACUUCGGAGUCAUGUCGAUGGGUGCUGGAGAGGAACACGUCCCCGUGUGCGUUGACGAGGAACCGUGAGGAUGCAUGAUGUCAUGCGCGUGCUGCUGGAGGACGGCGGUGGGACAAACUCGCAGCUGAGAACAUGCGAGGAGAGGUGACGUCGUCGGGUUGCGAGUUCGGGGCUAUGCGCUCGUCAGUCGUCAGGGAGCGUGUGAAUAGGUGAGAGGUGGAAGAAGGCGGUCGGCAGAAACUAGAGAUGGCAGAGGAGAACAUUCAUGAACAGGCGACGUUAAAAGAAUAGCAAAUACCCUAAAUUUUAACUCACCAUAGCUUUGAUACCAUGUAAUUAGGGAUAAAAGAUUAU